AUGAGAGCCAUCCUCGCGGCCAUCGUGGUAACGUUAUCGGCCAUCGCCCACACCGUCGCAGCUGCGGCGUCGCACGCGAGCACAAGCUCGUCCAGCUCGAACACCCACGCGAUAUUGCCGCUCGCUUCGACAAGCGCCUCAACGAUUGCCACCCUGCCCAUCCUGCGAUCCGUGGUGGUCCCUUCCAGCACCAUUGACCAUCAAGUGACGAGCACAGCCAACGCAUUGAGUAGCUCCAUGGUUGCACUUUGGAUCAUCGUGGGCGGCGUGAUUGCCCUCGUCAUUGCGUGCGUCUUCUUCGUCGUCAAGGCGUGCGCCAAGCGCCGCCAGCCCGUGACCAAGCUCAGCGUGAUCGACACGCUGGAGCUGCGGCAGUUUGACCAGCUAGUCGUGCCGCUGGGUCCUAUGCACAGCGCCCACCAAGCGCCUGCGCAGGACGAGGUCCCUCGCUCCUCGCGCUUCAACCUGCGGCCGCUGCCCUACGACCCGCAGUAA